UGCCACCUGCCAUUGCCCAUCAGUGCCAGCUCUCAGUGCUCAUCCAUGCCACCUGUCAGUGCCACAUCAAUGCCACAUUUCAGUGCCUACCAGUGCACAUCAAUGCCACCCAUCAGUGCCAGUCAGUGCCACCUAUCAGUGCCACCUAACAGUGCCAGUCAGUGCCACCUAUCAAUGCCAGUCAGUGUCGCAUAUCAGUGCCAGUCAGUGACGCCUAUCAGUGCCAUCUAUCAGUGUCGCCUAUCAGUGCCAUAUAUUAGUGCUGCCUUUCAUUGCCCAUCAGUGAUGCCUGUCAAUGCCCAUCAGUGCCAC